AAAAGAGCUACUAUUGACAUUUGGUUUUCAAUAAAAUUUGUAAAUAAAUUUUCUCCACUUUCGUAGUAGCUUGCCAUCAGUGUUUCAUCAACAGGCUGCGAAUUCAUAGUUUUUCUACAUAAAUAUAUAGUCACAAAAAUUGGAGAGGAGUGUGCCAAAUGGAGUCGCCCGACGUAACCCGUGCCCAGAUCGCGGCCCUGGUAGUGCGGGUGUGCGUGGUGGGCGUGAUCACCUAUUACGGCGCCAAGUGGAUGGUCAACUCGAUGGAUCCCAAUAGCAAGAUGCGUAAGAAGGCCAAGCAGCUGGCGGAGCAACAGCUGAAGAAGCUCAACUCGACGGACAACGAGGCGGGCCAGAAGUUCCGGACAAAGGACUUCAACGAGCACGAGGUGAUGAUCGCCUCUCUCUUGGUGGCCCCCGAAGACAUAGACGUUAGCUGGGCUAACAUUGCAGGGCUGGACGGGGUGAUUCAGGAGCUUCGGGAGACGGUGGUGCUGCCGGUGCGCCACCGCGAGCUCUUCCGCCGCUCUCAGUUGUGGCGGGCGCCUAAGGGUGUCUUGCUCCACGGGCCGCCCGGCUGCGGUAAGACCCUGAUCGCCAAAGCCAUUGCCAAGGAAGCCGGCAUGCGGUUCAUCAAUUUGGACGUGGCCGUGCUUACGGACAAGUGGUAUGGCGAGAGUCAAAAACUGGCUACCGCCGUCUUCAGCCUAGCCCAGAAACUGCAGCCCUGUAUUAUUUUUAUCGACGAGAUAGAGUCCUUUUUACGCAUACGAGCCAGCGGCGAUCAUGAGGCUACCGCAAUGAUGAAGACCCAGUUCAUGUUACAGUGGGACGGCUUGGUGAGCAACGCCAACGCAUGCGUCCUCGUCCUAGGCGCCACCAACCGCCCGCAGGAUUUGGACAAAGCAAUCCUGCGCCGCAUGCCGGCCCAGUUUCACAUCGGGGUUCCCCGCGACUUCCAACGGGAGGAGAUUCUUCAACUGAUUUUGCAAUCCGAGCAGCUGCACAGCUCAGUAAACCUGACAGAGGUGGCUCGGCUCAGCACCGGCUUUUCAGGCUCCGAUCUGCGGGAGCUUUGUCGCCACGCCUCCAUGUACCGCAUGCGCCAGUUCAUGAGGGACAAAUUGGGGGAUGAGCAACGCGAAGAGGCGGGUUUCAUGGGGGACGGAGAGGUUAACGAACAAUCCCUCCAGAACUGCGACCAGCUGGAGAUUCACAUGGAGGACCUUCUUAAGUCACUGGCCAUUAUGAAGCUAUCCAAGUGCCAGUCGCAGAACACCUUCAUCGAGAAGGAUCUGGAACUAGAUUAGAAACUCGAUCCGGAAUAGCCGCAAUAAAUGCUAACCAAGCUUGAUUUACCUAAAUUGUCGGCUAAGUUUCGUAAAAGUAAUAUUAAAAUUGUUAUUGUUGAUCUAAGGAUCUGUUGUUGGCCACAGUUUUUAGACUUAAAUACCAUUAUUCCCAUUAAAAUAUUUCCAAAAUUGUUUUCCAUGUAUA